GCCACGCCCCCAAAGGCCCGCCUUUAUAUGAGCUCCGCGCUCGGAGCGCCGUCUUCUCUCUUCCGUCCUCAGGAUCAGCCAGUUCUCCGUCUCACCCAACUAUGGCUGCCAAAACAGAGCGCACCUUCAUUGCCAUUAAACCCGACGGUGUCCAGAGAGGCCUGAUCGGAGACAUCGUCAAGCGCUUCGAACAGAAGGGCUUCAGACUCGUGGCCAUGAAGUUUCUUCAGGCGUCUGAGGACUUGCUGAAGCAACACUACAUUGACCUGAAGGACCGGCCUUUCUAUCCUGGACUGGUCAAGUACAUGAGCUCUGGGCCGGUCGCUGCAAUGGUAUGGGAGGGUCUGAAUGUUGUGAAGACUGGAAGGGUGAUGUUGGGAGAGACCAAUCCUGCGGACUCCAAACCCGGCACCAUCAGGGGCGACUUCUGCAUUGAAGUGGGCAGAUUGGCGCUGUACAGAAGUGUUCAUGAUCAAAGUGAUUCCAGGCAUCACUGUGGCCUUUCAAAUCCCACUUCACUUUAUUCCCCGGGCUGGUCUAACGCUAACAAAUCAGACCUCAGCUACCGCCCAAAAUGCCACAUUAACCAAUCAGGAAAAAAGGAGGAACAUCAUCCAUGGCAGUGACUCUGUGGACAGUGCAAAUAAAGAGAUCAGUUUGUGGUUCAAGCCUGAGGAGCUGGUGGCUUACAAGAGCUGUGCACAAGACUGGAUC